CACCCCGCCCCCAACAUGUCAUUGCUUCAGUUUGGAAAUUCCUGGGCCACGAGAGCCAGCGAGGCAGGACCACCCCUCUCGGUCAGGGCCAGGGCACUGUCUCCAUCCGGAAAUACCGAAGUCCUCGUUCAAGAGGGGAAGGCGCGAGGUUUCCGGGAAAGUGGCCCCGCCAGCACCGCCCCUCGGUCCCCCGUGGCCAGCGACUAUAAAGGACCGCACGCGGUGCAGAGCCUCAGUCUGCACCCUGUGCUUGUGCCCCGGACGCUGCUGCUACCUGCGCUCUGCCCUGGCCUUGCUAUGGCUCCCACCCUGCCUCUGCUCCUGGCCCUGGUCACCGUUGUGAUUCCAGGGCCUGGUGGCGCUCAAGUAUCCAUCAACCCCAUAGAAGUUUUCCUGCCGCGGGGUGCAUCCCUGCAGGUGAACUGCUCUUCCUCCUGCAGUGAGAACCUCAACCUGGGCUUGGAGACUCAGUGGCCCAAAAGAGAGGUAGAGAGUGAACUCAGGUGGAAGCUGUUUGAACUGAGUGACAUUGAAGAAGACAGCAAGCCCCUGUGCUUUGAGACCUGUGGCACCAUCCAGUCAUCAGCCUCUGCCACCAUCAUCUUAUACUCGGUCCCAAAACAUGUGGAGCUGGACCCUCUGCCCACCUGGCAGCAGGUAGGCAAGAACCUCACCCUGCGCUGCCUGGUGGACGGUGGGACACCGCGGAGCCAACUCUCAGUCAUGCUGCUCCGAGGGGAGGAGGUGCUGUACCGGCAGCCAGUGGAUGUGGACCGCAAGAACCCCAAAGAGAUUACAACCACGGUGCUGGUGAGCAGAGAUGACCACGAAGCCAAUUUCUCAUGUCGCACAGAACUGGACCUCAGGCCACUAGGGCUAGCGCUGUUCACAAAUGUCUCCAUGACCAGGCAGCUCUGGACUUUCGAUCUUCCUCUGACCAUCCCGAAGCUUGACACCCCUGACCUCCUGGAGGUAGGCACCAAACAGAAAGUGCUCUGCUCCCUGGAAGACCUGUUUCCUGCCUCUGAAGCCCAGAUAUCUCUGGAGCUGGGAGGCCACACACUGAUCUCCAAGAGCAGAAACCACGGAGACUUGGUGUUAGCCACGGCCUUGGUGGAGGUGACUGCAGAGCUGGAGGGAACUCAGCAGCUGCGCUGUGUUUUGGAGCUGGCAAACCAGACCCUGAUUGCGGAGAGGACCUUGAACAUCUACAGCUUUUCAGCUCCUGCCUUGACCCUGAGCCAGCCAAACGUCUCAGAAGGGAACCAAGUGACUGUGAGUUGUGAAGCCAGUGGUGGAGCGCUGGUGGUGAAUCUGACUGGUGCUCCGCUGGGGACCCCGUCCCCGAAGGUCGAGUUCCCGUCCCCGAAGGUCGAGUUCCCGCUGACAGCCAGAGCUAAGGAUGACAAAGAACAGUUAUCUUGCUCUGCUACCCUGAAGGUGGCUGGGCAGGUGCUGUUUAAAACCCGGACCCUGGAACUACAAGUGCUGUAUGGUCCCUACCUGGAUGACAGUGACUGCCGGGGGAACUGGACCUGGGAAGAGGGGUCUCAGCAGACUCUGAAAUGCGAGGCCAGGGGGAACCCACCCCCCCACACACUGAACUGCAACCGGAAAGGAGAUGGAGCCCCACUGCCCAUCGGGGUGGUGAAGUCUGUCAGUCGGGCGAUGAAUGGCACCUAUGUGUGCUAUGCUGAAAGCUCCCGUGGAAAUGUCACCAGGGACGUAUUCCUAAGAGUGGUCUACUACGACCCUACCCUGAUCAUCAUUUUGGUGGUAAUGUUGGUCACUGUGGUCCUUAUAAGCACGGCAGUCAUAUACUUCUAUAACCGCCAGAGAAAGAUCAGGAUAUACAAGCUACAGAGGGCGCAGGAAGAGGCCAUGAAACUCAAGGCACAAGCCCCGCCUCACUGAGCCACCAAGGACACCAACACCUCCCUGGCCCCCCUCUGCGGGUAGCAGCUGGUGCUGCUUUUGAACAGAAAGGUAGACAGAUAGUGUUGACCCACCUCCUCUGGUUGUGACAAGACAAGAUGGUGGCCUGGACAUGCACCAAUCAGACCUCCUUGGCCUCACACUUGGAGAGGAGGGAGCAACAUCAAGGGCGUGGAUCUGUGACCUGGACACACCCACAGCCUUGCGGGCCUUCAGUAAGGAAAUGCUGACCUCAUUUCUAUUGCCUAUGCUGAGGCCCUGCCUAAGGAAGAGUGAUAUCCAAUAGACACAAGC